GAGGUAGAGAGAGAAAGUCAACGAGUCAAGAUAUUGGAGUAAAAGUGAAAGAGGGAGGAGAACCGGAGAGAAUCCGAUUUCCAUUUCCCAAGAAACACAGGCACCAGCAAGAACAGCAACGUGUCAACAACCACUGCGAACUAGAGAGGGAAAAAUCCACACACCAUCACCUCCCCACUUCCAUACCCAAUGCCCUUUCUCUCUCCACAACUAUGUAUAUAAAUAUAUAAAUAUGCAUGUAAAUUAAAUAGGUGGUUUCUGGUCCAGAAUUGACUGCUGAAGGUCUUGUUGUUGGGAGAAAUUUUGUGGGUUUUGGAAGUUGGGCACUCACUUUCCUCGAUUGGUAGCUCUCAUGGUUGACUCCACUUGAAGCAACACUUUCUCGCUCUAGAAUUUUCUCUAUCUGAGUCCUCCUUCUUAUGGGUCUUGUACCUCGUUGUUGGAUUCUCCAAGAUCAGCUGACACGGCAGGCUUUUUAGAAGUAUCGGGGUUGACUUGUGGGGUGGAGUGCGGGGGUUGUGAUAUGGGCACCGGCGGAAAUGCGGAAUUUGGGUGGUUUGGGAGGAGGGGGAGGCUAGGGUUUGCGUUUCGGGUGGUUUUGGGGUUGUGGGUCGUGUUGGCCGUUCUUCGGCCGGUGACGGGUCUGAGACCUUUAAGGGACAGGGCUCAUUCGUGGGGCGAUGAGUGGUUAUAUAUUAGAAAAGAUGAGAAUGCACUGGGUCCGUUUUCCUAUUGGAACAUUACAGGAACAUACAAAGGAUCUUGGAGGUUCCUGGAUUCCACAAAUAGCUCUGCUAGGUUUCCAGAUUUUGGGAAAUCCAGUGGCAAUUCUAUCAUUGAAUUAGUUAGCUCACCAACAAAAAUAACAGGUGUACAUUAUGUUCAGGGGGUGAUUAUAUUCCAUGAUGUGUUUGACAAUGAACAUGAAGUUGGUGGUUCUCAAAUCAGGGUAGAAGGUGUAUAUAUAUGGCCUUUUAGACAACUUCGAAUGGUAGCCAACAGUGGAAAAGAGGGAGAGUUGAGCCAGGAAGAAGAAUAUAUAUUGUCUAAUCCAUAUCACUUGCUUGGAGUUUUCUCGUCACAGGUGUUCCAAGAAUCUCCCCGAGAGAAGAUAUGGAGAAAGCGGCAUUCACCAAUUUAUGAGAUGGAGAAACGUUGUAAUAUUGAAAUUGCGGCCCAAAUUUCACGUGUCUCAUCCACCCAAAAUGAUGGAGAUCGUGAUCGUUAUCACUUAGAAGGAUUGAUGGAGAGUCCUUCCGUGGAUGAUGAUGGAGAUUGCUUCUCUCCCUUACUAUUAAAUGCUACUUCUGUCAACAUUGAGGCCUACUACAACAAGGCAGUUAACUAUACGUUGAUGGUCACCUUUGUCUCUUUUCUUCAAGUUCUUUUGUUAAUUCGGCAAAUGGAACAUAGCAACACUCAAUCGGGGGCUGCCAAAGUUUCGAUUUUAAUGAUUGGGCAACAAGCCAUUAUGGAUGCUUAUCUCUGCCUUUUACAUCUGACUGCCGGAAUACUAGUUGAGUCCUUGUUCAAUGCUUUUGCAACUGCUGCAUUUUUCAAGUUUGUAGUCUUCUCAAUUUUUGAGAUGAGAUACCUUCUUGCCAUAUGGAAGGCAAGCAGACCUAUGAAUAACGGAGAAGGUUGGGAGACAAUGAGGCGUGAGCUUUCUGUUCUGUAUAGCCGUUUCUAUGGAAUCCUUUUGGGAGGCAUUCUGGUUAUGUAUGAGUUUCAUAAUUUUCUGCGGCCUAUUCUUCUCCUUAUGUACUCCUUUUGGAUACCUCAAAUAAUUACUAAUGUUAUUCGUGAUUCAAGAAAGCCAUUGCAUCCUCAUUAUAUCUUAGGCAUGACUGUUACUCGGCUAGCAGUUCCAUUAUAUAUGUUUGGCUGCCCUAACAACUUCAUGCGCAUUGAACCUAGCAAGAGUUGGUGUAUUUGUUUGGGUAUAUUUAUGGGACUUCAAGCAUCAAUUCUUCUUCUUCAGCACUAUCUUGGAUCUCGGUGUUUCAUUCCUCGGCAGAUCCUACCUGAGAAAUAUAGCUACUACAGACGGUCUAAUCAGGAUACAAAUCAUGUGACGGACUGUGUCAUUUGCAUGACCACCAUUGAUAUCACACAUCGUUCUAAUGAGUGCAUGGUGACGCCAUGUGAUCAUUUUUUCCAUUCUGGUUGUUUACAAAGGUGGAUGGAUAUAAAAAUGGAAUGCCCAACAUGCCGGCGUCCACUGCCACCAGCCUAACAAGGUCCUGCUUUGUAUUUAUUCUGUUUAGGAUCAACAGACAUCACCCAACCACCCAUUAAUUGUGAUGAGCGAAAACCGACAUCCCCUGAAGAUGGCUGGGAUGCAGCAUAAUCAAUUCAGAACAGAUUGGGGCUACAUUUUGCUGCCAACAUAAUUCUUGUAUUGUUUGUAUAUGUGUAUUUUAGUGCAUUUAGCAUUUUGAUGGGCACUUCUUUCUGGCUUCAACAUUUAUUGUUUCUUGAAACUAGAUUAACUAAAAGGAUUAGCACAUACACAUACAUUUGCAGAAACCAGAUUGUUGCCAAGAACAAGAGAAAUGAAGUUGUGCAUGGUUAUCGAAACAA